UAGUUGCUGAAACAAUUCAUAAUGCGCGUGUGAACCAGACAUUAAAACAAAAACACGAGCCUCAAAAAUUACUCACAAAUAAGUACACCAAAAUAAGGAUCGCUAAAAUCAAAGAAAAAUUUUCCGGAAAUACUUUUUUUCCUCCGAAGAAAAUGCGACGAGUGCCACGCACUUUCCGGAAGUCGGGCGGAAGCAGCAAUCUGGAAAAGGAGGGCGGCAGCGGAAGUCCUUCCCUAUGGCGUUUGCUGUGGCAACCUGGCUGGCAUCCGCGCGGGGGAUCCGCGCUGCCUCCCCAUCCCCCUCCCCCGCACAAUAAGGGCAGCUCACCGAAGGCGAUGGGAGAAUCCAGCGACGGAGACGGAGAAGACGGAGGAACACCGCAAGAAGUAGAGAUUGAAAAAGUGGAAUCGUGGCUAGAUGAGCAUCCUCACUUUGUAUAUGAUUAUUUCGUUCGAAAGGCUUCCCGCCAAAUGGUUGAUUCAUGGCUUCUGUCUCACUCUGCACCUCAAGGAAUGGUUCAGGAGAACUCAUCAUCAAACGUGAGCCCCACUAGUCCAAAUUCUGGAACAUCUAGUCCGGUACGCAAAAUAUCUGCCCAUGAGUUCGAAAGAGGUGGACUCUUAAGGCCGAUCGUCAGCACAACCGUAGAUGGUGUUCCUACUUUCCUGUCAUUACCUCUUCCUGGAGAUAGUGCCCAGUCGAACAACACCCGUGUUGGGCGCAAGAGUCGUCAGGAGUUGCGAGCGCUCGACGAAAGAGAACUUAUUUUCGAACUCGUCAAAGACAUCUGCAACGAUCUCGAAAUCCGCAGCUUGUGUCACAAAAUCUUACAGAACGUAUUUUCGAGAUACUUACAGUUUUGUGGUAUUGGACUUCGUAAUGCCCAAUUAUAUGAAAGAUCUGAACUGGAGAACAAAAGAAAUCAAGUUCUUUUGGACUUAGCAAGAAUGGUUUUUGAAGAACAAAGUACAAUUGAGCAUAUUGUCUACAGGAUAAUGACACAUACUCAAUCUUUGCUACAGUGUGAGAGGUGCCAAAUACUUCUAGUUGAUGAAUCUACAAAGACAUUCUCAAGAGUAUUUGAUUUGGAUGUUAAUGAUACAAAAGUUGAAGACGAAAACAGAAAAAGCCCUUUUGAAGGUCGUUUUCCUAUCAACAUUGGGAUUACUGGUUAUGUAGCAACCACUGGAGAAACUUUGAAUAUAUCAGAUGUGCAUGCUGAUAACAGAUUUGAUCCCUUGGUUGACAGAGAUAGUAGUUUUUCGCAUCAUUCUGUCCUCUGUAUGCCCAUUCGAAAUGCUGAAUUCAAAAUCCUUGGUGUCAGUCAGCUAAUUAAUAAACUAAGUGGUGUUCCCUUCAAUAAGAAUGAUGAGCAUUUGUUCGAAGCUUUUGCUAUUUUUUGUGGAAUGGGUAUACAGAAUACUCAAAUGUAUGAGAAAGCCAUUAAAGCCAUUGCUAAAACCAAAGUAACCUUAGAUGUUUUAUCAUAUCAUGCAACGGCUCCUAUUGAAGAAGCUAAGCAGCUUAGUAAAUAUAUUGUACCAUCAACACAUGUGUACAAGCUACAAGAUUUAAAAUUUAAUGAUUUCAGUUUGAAUGAUGAAGACAUGCUGAAGGCUUGUUUGAGGAUGUUUAUGGACUUAGAUCUUAUUGAAAGGUUUCACAUUGACUAUGUGAUGCUAUGUCGAUGGCUAUUAAGUGUUAGAAAAAAUUAUAGACAAGUCACGUAUCAUAACUGGAGGCAUGCGUUCAAUGUUGGACAGAUGAUGUUUGCUGUUCUAACAAUUACAAAGUUUUGCCAUGUUCUCGGAGAAGUAGAAACACUUGCUCUUAUUAUUGCUUGCUUAUCACAUGAUUUAGACCACAGAGGCACCAAUAAUUCAUUUCAAAUAAAGUCAUGUUCUCCUUUAGCUCAGUUGUAUUCUACUUCUACUAUGGAGCAUCAUCAUUUUGACCAGUGUAUCAUGAUUUUAAAUAGUGAGGGUAACCAAAUUCUCAGUCAUUUGUCUCCUGAUGAAUAUUCUCAUAUUGUUCAUGUUCUAGAGGAUGCUAUUUUAGCUACAGAUUUGGCAGUUUAUUUUAGGCGAAGAGGUACAUUUUUUCAUAUUGUGGAAACCAAAACACAUAACUGGAAGAGAGAAGAUCACAGGGAAUUACUCAGAGCUAUGCUUAUGACUAUUUGUGAUAUUGCUGCAAUUACUAAGCCUUGGGAAACACAGAAAGUUGUUGCAGAACUUGUUGCUUCUGAAUUUUUCCAACAAGGAGACAUUGAAAAAGAAAAACUUAAAAUUCAACCAAUUGUAUAA